AUGGUUGGAGGAUACCGUAUAGGAAUGCAUUUUCUCGCUUCAGCGCUACGAUUUCUAGAACCAAGAGUAGAUGACGACUUCGUUGAUCGACUACACUAUUUAUACACCUCGACAUUGGUGUUAAUGUUUGCCGUAUUGGUAUCUGCAAAGCAGUACGUGGGACAUCCGAUAGAAUGUUUCGUGCCAGCCCAAUUCACACGUGCAAUGGAACAAUACACAGAAAAUUACUGUUGGGUUCAGAACACCUACUGGAUUCCUUUUCAGGACCUGAUACCUCAUCGACUAGAUGAUCGGGAGAGGCGACAAAUUGGCUACUACCAGUGGGUUCCGUUUGUACUUGCCGUUGCUGCCUUAAUGUUCCACAUCCCUUCAUCCGUAUGGCGAAUGCUCUCCAGUCAGAGUGGUCUCAAUGCAGCACUUGUACUGCAGUUGGCUUGUCAGGAGCAGAAUGUCGAUCCAUUGGUUCGAAAUAAAACCAUCGAUGUGUUAGCAAGACAUAUUGACGAUGCCUUAAUGUAUCAAAGAGAACAUGGCGCUAGGAAGAAGAACGUCUACAUUUUUGCUGUCGUAAGAGUUGGGAAAUUCUACGGUGCUUACGUGUCGACAGUGUACGUAUUUAUUAAAACGCUUCAUUUAUGCAACGUAAUCAUCCAGUUCUUACUUCUGAACUCAUUCCUCGAAACUGCUGAAUACCCGCUAUUCGGAGCUCAUGUUCUCUACGAUUUGUUACUUGGUCGAGAAUGGAGAGAUUCGGGAAAAUUCCCACGAGUGACGCUGUGCGACUUUGAAAUAAGGGUACUGGGAAAUGUCCACCGUCAUACUGUACAGUGUGUCCUUGUCGUGAACAUGCUCACCGAAAAGAUCUUCAUAUUUCUGUGGAUUUGGUUGUCGGUGCUCGGAUUGAUCACUGCUUUGAAUUUACUGUUCUGGUUGUGUGCACUCGCCUCUGCUCAUUGUAGACAGAAUUUUGUCGCAAAGCAUCUUGACAUGGAAUCGGAUCAAAUAGGAAGGUUCACCGAUAGAUUUCUACGACCUGAUGGCGUGUUUCUUCUGCAAAUGAUCGCCAGUCAUGCCGGGAACCUCACUUGCGCCAAGGUGACUGAAGCACUUUGGCUGAUAUUCCUUCGACGAAGCGGAAAGCCUGUAUUGGACGAGAAGAUUGAAAGUUCUGAAAGAGGAGAUUGGGAGAGUGUACGUGCUCAAAAUUCUGAGUUAUGCGAAAAUUCCCUCGAAUUUCUCAAUGACGAUACUGCACGAAAAGAGUCACUUCCUCGACGAGAUUCCUGGCACGAACCACCACUACCACCUCCAAUGCCACAGUUACCGAUUCGCUCACAUUAUGUUUAA